GCAGAGUUGCUGCGGAAAUCCAAGCAGACUAUCAUUCGGGAUAGGGAUAGUUAACAUGUAUCUGCGUCGAUAGUUCGGAUUCCUCCUGGCGCAUGACGUCUUCUCCGUGUGAUUGGGCUGUCCGCCGUCCUCUCGGUCUGAGCCGCGGAUCGCACUUGAGAAAGUUGUAGCUUCUAUCCACGGUUUUUUUAUCUUUUAUUAUUUAUUUCUCCAUCCUUCCCUUGAGACGAUCUCUUGUUAUUUGUUCGCAUUGCGGAAUUCUACUCCCCCAAUUGAUUCUCCGUUGGUGAGAAUCCGCACUUGGUGUGUGCGAUGUCCUUGCUUCGUCGUCGUCUGGGCAAGGACUCCAAGGUAGAGUCGCCCUCUAUCGAUGUGUCUGACCCGGCUGCUUCCCCGGGAGUGGAAGAGGCGGCAGCCAAGGGUCAGGAUGUGAGCUUGCGAUCAGGUUCCGAAGUGAAGAGUUACAUGUCGAAACCCAAAAGCAAGCGACGAAAUGGCUUCAUCUUCCUCCUGGGCGGAAUCUUCGGCAUCUUCGUGGCCGUGUUCUUUGCCAACCAGAACGAGGUGAUCAGCCUUGACUCGCUUAUGGAUUUGAACCUCGAUGCGCUGGUAGAUGUAAUCCCGCAGGGCAUCGUGAAGGAUUUCAGAGAGUUUUCGCAACAUGAACGCGACGCUGUCAGCUAUGAUUCCUUCUCUGUCGGCCUACAACUACAAGCGCAAGGGAUCCAUGCAAAGCAUCCUGUGAUCAUGGUCCCCGGUGUCAUCUCGACUGGACUGGAGAGUUGGGGAACGAACGACGAUUCGCGCCAGUAUUUCCGCAAGAGGUUAUGGGGCAGUUGGAGCAUGAUGAGGGCAUUGGUCAUGGAUAAAGCCGGAUGGAAGAAUCACAUUAUGCUGGACAAGGAGACGGGUCUGGAUCCGCCUGGGAUCAAGCUACGUGCGGCUCAGGGUUUCGAUGCUACGGAUUUCUUUAUCACCGGCUAUUGGAUUUGGAACAAGAUUAUCGAAAACCUGGCCUCCAUUGGGUACGAUCCUACGAAUGCAUUCACCGCCGCAUACGAUUGGAGACUUUCGUACCAGAACUUAGAGGUCCGCGAUCAGUACUUCACCCGCUUGAAGUCUUAUAUCGAGACGGCAGUGGCUGUUAGCGGUGAGAAAGUGACGUUGACAUCGCACAGCAUGGGCUCUCAGGUGGUCUUAUACUUCUUCAAGUGGGUAGAGAAUGAGAAACAUGGUAAAGGUGGCAAGGAUUGGGUCAAUAAACAUAUCGAUUCCUGGAUCAACGUCAGUGGCUGCAUGCUGGGGGCUCUAAAAGGUCUCACUGCGGUUCUGUCCGGAGAAAUGAGGGACACAGCCCAACUCAAUGCAUUUGCCGUCUAUGGACUUGAGAAAUUCUUGUCCAAGGAGGAGAGAGCAGAGAUUUUCCGAGCAAUGCCCGGAAUCUCCAGUAUGCUCCCUAAGGGCGGAGAUGCGGUAUGGGGCAAUUCGACCUGGGCACCGGACGACCAACCUGGACAGCCUUUCACCUAUGGCAACUUGAUCAAUUUCCGCGAGACUAAUUCCACCUGGACGCGAAAGAACUUGACUGCUGGAGAAGCCUUGCCCUAUAUGUUGGGGCAAAGCGACACAUGGUAUCGCGACAUGACAUUGUCCAGCUACUCGCAUGGGGUGGCUCAUACGACGAAGGAAGUCGAAGCAAACGAGAAUGAUCCUCGCACCUGGGUGAACCCUCUCGAGUCUCGACUUCCCUUGGCCCCUGACAUGAAGAUCUACUGCUUCUACGGCGUUGGGAAGCCUACAGAACGCAGUUACUGGUACCAGGAAGAAAGGGACCCCUUGACAAAGCUCAACGUCAGUAUUGACACAACUGUCACCAACGACGAGGGCGUUGACCACGGGGUUGCGAUGGGAGAAGGCGACGGGACUGUGAACUUGCUCAGCACGGGAUAUAUGUGUGCGAAAGGAUGGCGCAUGAAGCGCUACAACCCUGCCAGGAUCAAUGUCACCGUAUUUGAAAUGCCACAUGAACCAGACAGGUUCUCCCCCCGUGGCGGACCAAACACUGGUGACCACGUCGACAUUCUGGGCCGCGCAUCUCUCAAUGAUCUUAUCCUACGCGUAGCAGGAGGAAGAGGAUCUGAAAUUCCAGAAACAUUCGUCUCUAACAUUCGGGAGUAUGCCGAACGUGUCAAAAUAUACGACGACUAGCAGUACACAAGCACCACCGGUUCUGGGUCCCAGACUAUAUCCCAUCUGCUGUUUCCAUUCUGUAAUACUUAUGACCUGCUUUGGAUCGUGACGGUUUCCUAUUGAUGAUUGGCGGUUUUUGCUUUCCUCGUCU